CACACGGCUCCCCCUCCCCUACUACCAUUGUAUACUGAAAGCCUAAUGCUCCACUCUGACAUUCGUCCUCUGUGAAUGGCACGCUAAUACAACUUGAUGUUCUUGCUUGAGCUGGAGACUUCUGUGCAGAAUGAUGACAGCAAACUGGUUGUUUCUUCUGUUGGUGAUAAUCUCAGUCACAUGAUGCGCCCCACCACCCCCCCCCCCCUGAAAACCUACUGGAUAUAUUCUCUAGCUCAAUGGUCAAAUCCAUCAUAUGCUGAUUGCCGUGUGUCUGAUCUGAAGAGAAGCUGAACAGAAUGAUGUCAUCGGGUGUUCUGAUGGUGCUCCUGUUCUUUAAACAUGUUACUGCAGACAGCUCAGGUACGGUUGUUACCAGUUGUGAGGCGUGUCAUGACCAAGCCACCUGCCUAGACUCACCUGUGGAACGUGAGAGGGGAGAUGCUUUCCAAACCUGGUCCGUCAUUUGCACCUGUCAAGAUGGCUUCGUUGGCGACGGCAUCACCUGCUACGACCUUGAGUUCUGCGCUAAAGGCUCCUGCUGUCGUCAAGGUUACGGCUGGUCCUCGGAGCUGGGCUGUGUGGACGUUGACGAGUGUUCCCUCCCAGACCAACCCUGCAGCCCUCCUCAGGUCUGUGAGAACACCCCCGGAUCCUUCAACUGCCUGGUGCCUCCUGAAGACGACCUCCACUCCAGUCCUGGCGACUCCCGUUCAGUGCAGUUUCAGUGCGGGGGGAGACGGUGUCCAGUGGGAGAGGACUGUAUCAGUGUUGGUGGAACGUCCCUCUGUGCAGACCCCUGCCUGCACUACACUGUACUGAAUGACGACUGGCGUUCCACCACCAACUACGGUCCAGCUAACGGCUACCACUGUGACUCGUCUGUCAACUGGCAGGGAUGGUAUCGCCUGUUCCUGGGGAACACCAGUGUUCAGAUGCCAGAGAGGUGUGUGGAGAAAUACAUGUGUGGGACGGAGAUCCCCUUGUGGCUUCCAUUAGGUCAUCCCCAGCUGUUAGACGGGGUGGUUCAGAGGAGUGUCUGUGGACACUAUUAUUAUGACUGCUGCUACUGGAGGCAAAAUCCCAUCCAUGUCAAAGCCUGCUAUGGAAACUACUAUGUCUACAAGUUUGUCCCUACAACAACAUGCAACAUGGCCUACUGUGCAGACGUCAACACCACGGUGUGUUCCACAUGUGGAGUGUUUGAUGCCUGUGUGAGAGACAAUGAGACCACCUGGAGAUGUGAGAGGAAAGCUCCAGAGCUGGUGUGUGGGCGGAGCCUCCUGAAGGUGGGCCUUCCAAAUGUUUACCUGGAGGCUGCUGGUCUGGAUGCUUCCUCUGCCCACCUGGCUGACGGACGCUGCUCCGCCCACGAGGAUCGUAACGGCUCAGUGUGGUACCAGGUGGAGCGACGGGAGGGACACUGUGGAAACACUCUGGAGACAAACACCACCCAUGCGGUCUACUCCAACAGCUUAUUAGUUUAUCCAGUAGAUGGGAGGAAUGGCUCCCGACCCUUCGGCUUUCCCUUCUCCUGUGUCUAUCCUCUGGAGACAGAGAGCAGUCUGGAUGUGGCCAUCAGACCUCUCCCACUAACUGAUCAUAAAGUUGUCCGAGUCGGUGCCAAGGCCAAGGCCUCCAUGUCUCUGUACCGCGACUCCAACUACACACAGCCUUACCCAGCUGGUCAGCCAGUCACCCUGAUUGCGGGUUCCACCCUGCACGUGGGCGUGUCCGUAGAGGAGUCCGAGGCAGAACGUUUUGUUGUUGUUCUAGAAGACUGCUACACCACGGAAUCCCCCAGCCCUGAUAAUCUCCCACAGACCUACAUGAUUCAGGACAGGUGUCCUACAAAUCGUACCCAGGUGACAGUGGAGGAAAGUGGCUCGUCCCUCAGGGCUUCGUUCUCUGCUCUACUGCAGGGGGAAUACCAUUACAUCUUCCUGCACUGCAGCCUCAGCCUGUGUGACCAGGGGAGCUCCUCCUGCACUCCAGUGUGUUCCAGGAGGAGAUCCCGCUCUGUGUCCAAGUCCAUCCGCCUCAAGCCGCUCACCAUCGGGCCAAUCACCUGGGCCCAGAGUCUGGAGUGAGCCUUGGGAACCCCCCCAGGGGCCCAGAGUCUGGAGUGAGCCGUGGGAGCCCCCAGCAUGUCAUAUGAAGGAUGGGGUCCCUCCUGCACUACUCCCCUGAUCUCCAUCCCAACCUACAGCCCAGUGUAACUUUCAAGGGCACAGAAAUACUUGUUUUGAUUCUAGUAAUGAAUUUAUGCACUACAGUGUGAUUUCAUUGUACUGUGUAUGUUGUAUACACAUAGACUUGCAUUGUUUUAGGACUGAUCAUUUCCUCAAAUCAUUGUGUAAGUUCCAACCAAGCCUGAGUUGCUGUGUGUGUAAGUUCCAACCAAACCUGAGUUGCUGUGUGUGUAAGUUCCAACCAAACCUGAGUUGCUGUGUGUGUAUGCUGUGAUUUGAUGAUAAAUAAAUAACUAAACUAAAUAAAUAAGUCUGUAUGAUGAUG